AUGGCCCUCCGACGUCUGGCGCAGGCCGUCAAAGCGUCUUCUCCAUUAGUUCAGCAAAACCUUGUCCGCUCGGUGACCUCGAGCUCUUCGGCCAGCUCUCGUCUGGCGACCGCUUCCGCCGCAGCCAAAGGACAACAGCUCAGCUCGCAGGACAUCUUUGAGCGUGAGGACAAGUACGGCGCCCACAACUACCACCCGCUGCCGGUGGCCCUCGCCAAGGGAAAGGGCGUGUACGUGUGGGACGUGGAGGGCAAGCAGUACUACGACUUCCUCUCCGCCUACUCCGCCGUCAACCAGGGCCACUGCCACCCGCGGAUCGUCGCCACGCUGCAAGCCCAGGCGGAAAUCCUCACCCUCACCUCCCGCGCCUUCUACAACAACGUCCUCGGCGAGUUCGAGGAGUACAUCACCAAGCUGUUCGGCUACGAGAAGUUCCUCCCCAUGAACACCGGCGUGGAGGCCUGCGAGUCAGCCGUCAAGGUGGCCCGCCGCUGGGCCUACGACGUCAAGGGCGUGCCGGAGAACCAGGCGAAGGUGCUCUUCGUGGAGGACAACUUCUGGGGGCGCAGUCUGGCGGCGGUCAGCGCCAGCACCGACCCCAGCAGCUAUAAAGGCUUCGGGCCGUUUAUGCCCGGCUUCGAGACGAUCCCCUACAACGACCUGGCCGCCCUGGAGGAGAAGUUCGUCAAGGAGGCCGGAACGAUUGCCGCCUUCAUGUGCGAGCCCAUCCAAGGAGAGGCGGGCGUCGUCGUGCCCCGAGCCGGCUACCUGCAGGGCGUCCGCCAGCUCUGCACCAAGUACAACGUCCUCUGGAUCGACGACGAGGUGCAGACCGGCAUAGGGCGGACCGGAAAGAUGCUCGCCGUCGACCACGAGUCGGUCCGCCCGGACAUUAUCUGCCUGGGCAAGGCGCUCUCCGGGGGCGUGUACCCGGUCAGUGGCAUUCUGGCCGAUGACCGGGUGAUGCUGGUGAUCAAGCCCGGCGAGCACGGCUCGACCUACGGCGGCAAUCCGCUCGGCAUGAAGGUCGCCCUCACCGCCCUGGACGUCGUCCUCGAGGAGAAGCUGGCGGAGAAUGCGGAGGCGAUGGGCCGCCUCUUUCGCGAGCAGCUCACCGAGCGCCUCUCCAAGGAGGUGGCGCUGACGGUCCGCGGCCGCGGCCUCCUCAAUGCCAUUGUCGUGCGGGAGCAGUUCGACGCCUGGCAGAUCUGUCUGCGGCUGAGGGACGCCGGCCUGCUGGCGAAGCCGACGCACGGCGACAAGAUUCGCUUUGCCCCGCCUCUGACCAUCAACGAGGCGCAGAUGGCGGAGAGUGUGGACAUUAUCGUGGCGACGCUCAAUGGCAUGAAGAGGGCGUGA